AUGGCGACAGAUAUCUCUAAAGUACCAGAGGAGCUACUUUCUGUGCCCAGCACGGAGUCUCUGAGUACUUCACUUGUCGAUCUUUCUCUAGAUAACGAGAGCAAAUCGCCGGCUCUCUCUGAGACGCCUCUUGAUCGCGCGAAAUCAGCUGGUCUUCAUUCCAAGCCAGGCUCGCCUGUAGGGCAGUCUUCGAACUCGCCAAUUCCGAAACGACGGCUUCUUAAUAUUGGUAUAGUGCCCGUGAGUUCUCCCAAGCCAGACUCUACGCCGUCGCGAACCAAUGCCCCGCACAUCGGCCUCUACUCUCCCGUUCUCUCGCCUCCUAAAGAAAGGACUGCGUCUGGAGGUAGUGGAGACACAUCUGCCAGUGAAAGUGCUGCUCCUGCAAGCUCCACGAGCUCUGCGGGCUCUGCUAUAGCCGCGGCCCGAGAGCAGGACAGUAUGCUCAGCAAAUACUUGAGUGAGCUUGCGUCAAAAGAAUCACGAGUCAGUAGUCUCAAGCAACGCGUGUCAGAGCUCAGGCUUGCUAUACAGGAGGCUGAGCGGGAGGUUAGAACUGCUGAGUCCGACCUCAAGAGGUUCAAGGCCAGCGGUAACUCGUUGAUGGAGCACCUAAACACAACUUCUCCCAAUCUACGUCAACAGUCGAUCGCUGAGCUCUCAGAUGCGGCCGUGGCGCGGAAAUUGAGUAGGUCCCCGUCUCCCCAACGUAGAGGCUCUGCUGUGCCCAGACGCGAGAACGAAAUGCUGGUCAUGGGUAAAAGGGUAGUCGAUGAAAUCAACCAUCAGUUCUGGUCGUUUGUGGAAGACGUCAAGACGGCCACGAUCGGGCCGGAGGAUUUCUAUGACGAGGCCGAAAGCCCGAGACCAGCUCAGGACCGAGGGCGCCAACAGACGCCACGGCUCAAACCCAAACAAAGCUUCAGCAACAUGGUAGAGUCGAUUCGCAAGCUGAGCCCCGAACGACGGCCUCAGCGUAAUGACAGCAACCUGAACAGCCGUUCAGGGUCGCGACCAGAUAGGUCAUAA